AUGUCAGGCCUCGAACGACUCUCUUUAAUCCUCAUCGAGAGAUAUGACGCCAAUUCAGACCCCAUCAAUAACGUGACUGGACCGUCGGCACCUGAAGAUGAACUACUACUCGACAAGCUUCGGGUACUACGUAUUCUCCGUCCUGGAGAGAACCAGUCCGAAGAUAUCGAUAACUUGAUAACUUCAAUACGCGCACCGAACCUAAAGUGGUUCGAAUGGGAAGCCAAUCGUGAUCCUCUGGCUACGUCCUUAAAUUUUUGGCAACUCUGCGCAUCCCGGUUCCGAGCGCUCACUUCUCUCCACCUUAUGGGAUUCCCCUCGGAGCUCCCUGGAGGGGCUACUGCGCUGGAAAUAUUAGUCAACUGGCUGCAAUCUCUCGAAAGCAUCGAAUCUUUUAUCUUGAUACUCGCGAGAACUUGUGUCUAUAGUACUAUUGAAACCGAGAUAGGCAUCCUUACUAUAAUCGAACGUCUGUCCGAGACAAACAAUAACGUCCCGGCCUACUGCACAGAGUUAAAAUCGCUUCAUAUUGGACCAAUCCUUCCUCGGGAGCUCCCUGUUCUUAAAUCGAUGGUUCAGGUUCGCCCUCGUCUGAUGUCCGGGUCUCUCCGCAUAGUGCAAUACGUAGAUACGAAAAGGUCCGCUGGGGAUGUGUCCUGGCUUCAAGCAAACGUUGGCGAUUUUGCACUUGAAACAGUGUCCGGUCAUGGCAGGGGAUUUUUCUAUGGUGGUAGGUAUCGUUAUGUUGGAGGGACCUUGAGGAAAUACCUAGUAGACGUAUCUUCUGAGAGCAUUUAUUUUGACCAAGUAGAACAAAGCGAGCCAUUGGUCUAG